AUGGCUACCAAAACCUUCGACGCGUCGAAACUGCAGAGCUUCGGCAAUGCCGCUGCCGGCCAGUAUUACCUCUCCAGCGACGGUGUCCUUAGCGACGAAAGCGGUGCUGUCGUGGUAAAGCCAUGUACCGUUGCUGAGAUUGCCUUCUAUGAGUCUGUAGCUGCCUCACAUGCUGAUCUCGUUCCUCACCUACCAACAUUCAUGGGCCAGUUGACCCUCUCCGCCGAACAGACGGCCGACACGGCCGUGGAGAGCGGCACAAUACAAACGGGAGACGGCAGCGUGGAGCGUUUGCAUGGGAAGAAGCUUUCGACCGAGCUCCACAUCGUCCUCGAGAACAUCACAAAUGGGUUCAAGAAGCCAAAUGUGCUGGAUCUGAAGCUUGGCGCACAGCUGUGGGACGAGGACUCGAAGCCAGAGAAGAGAGCAAGGCUGGAUGCCGUCAGCGCGGAGACAACCAGCGGCAGCCUGGGCUUCAGGAUUGCAGGCAUGCGCACUUACAAGGGCACGCCAACUUGCGACGCGCCCAAGGAACUGCAGAAAUUUGUCGAAGUAGACAAGGAGGGGGGCUAUUGGGUCUUCAACAAGAUGUACGGCCGCAAGUUCAGCGCUGAAGACGUCGACGGCGGCUUCGUUUCCUACAUCUUUCCUGGCACCAAGUCGCAAGCGGAGCUCGAGCGGGCGAGAGAAGUGCUUGCUUUCUUCCUCGGCGAGGUCAAGGAUAUCAUCGAGGUAUUUGAGAAGAAGGAGAGCAGGAUGUACAGCGCGAGCAUAUUACUUGUCUACGAGGGUGAUGUGGACGAAUAUGCAAAGACCAAGCAGAUUCUGCGGUCCGCGCACCCAGAGGGCGAAGAAGAGGACGAAGACAACUUACCGAAAUUGGCGGCGGUCAAGAUGAUUGACUUUGCACACGCGACGUGGCAGCCAGGAAAAGGACCCGAUGAGAAUGCUCUGAAAGGCAUGCGGAGCACAGCCAAGAUAUUGAAGCAACUCCUUGACAAAACAGAGAAGGAAGUGGAUACAGCGGAUGAGUAG